CUGUAUGUUGUGUUUGUGUGUGUGUGUGUGUGUAUACGAUCCCUUAUGUCCCUUCCGCUCUUUAUCGUAAACAAAAUUAUCGGUUUUUUUCCAGCCCCUCGAACUCAACUGUCUACAGUAUCUACACAGUACACAGCCGUCGAUAAUUAUUGUCCAAUAAUACUGACAUUGCCGUUUGGACGUCCGACGUUUCUUUUCCAUUUCAGCCAACAGUUCUGGCUGAACGUGCCCGAGUCGAGUCCAAGGGACUGAGAUGUCUUAAACUAUUCAUACAUUAAGGUUCUAUUCAAUUGUUAACGAACGGUUCAUCAUACGGCGGACAAUGUAUUCUUGGCAAGUGCUGGUCACCACAGUGCUAGCCUGUUCGGCUGUCUGCGCGUUCGCUUCCGGCGCCAACUUCUCAUCGUUCAUCCAAUAUUUAACACAACCUCCGACGUUGACGGUUAAGCCCAGGUCGCAGACAGUCAAGAGCAACGGCGUGGCAUCGUUCUACUGCGGCGCUAAGGGUGACCCUCGGCCUACUAUCCAAUGGCGGAAAAACAACAAAAAAGUAUCAGAAUCACUCAACCGGUACGAUAUCGUGGACAAGGUGAUCGGCAGCAGUGAGACCGGUUCAGUUUUGAGGAUCGACCCAACCCGAACGCCACGGGAUAAUGCUGUAUACGAAUGUUUUGCUGAGAAUGGAGUGGGUGACGCAGUCAGUGCUAACGCCAAACUCGAAGUGUACGACGAAAAAGAGUUGCCACCGGGAUUUCCGGUAAUCACCGAGGGUCCGGGCACUCACAAAUCCAUCGAAGUCGCCCACAACGCAGUGCUGCAGUGUUCGGCCUCGGGUAAUCCACCACCGACCAUCUACUGGCUUAAGGAAAACAUGCGGCUCGACCUGGAGACCAACCCGAGAUACUCGAUACUGGACAAAGGCUACCCAGGAGCGUUGCAAAUCAGUGACAGUCAGGAAACGGAUAUGGGCAAGUACGAAUGCGUAGCGGAAAACACCGUUGGCACUCAACAUUCUCCGGCCAUUAUGUUGUGGGUCAGAGUUCGCAGAGUCCCCCCGCAGUUUUCCAUUCCACCGCCUACAAUGGAGACGGUCAAAGUCGGCGAAAACGUAAGCAUACCGUGCGUGGCCUUCGGAUCGCCAAUGCCGUACGUCAAGUGGCGUCGGGGCAAGACCACAGAGCUGUCGCCCGAAGACCAACUACCCGUGGGCAGGAACGUGCUGAACUUGACCAACGUCGAACAGUCCGACAAUUACACAUGUAUAGCCGCGUCGUCGUUGGGGAUGAUCGAAGCCACAACAUUCGUCAAAGUGCUGACCUUGCCUAGUCCGCCAAUAGACAUAAAAGUGUCUGACGUUACUUCCACUUCGAUCAGGCUGAGUUGGUCUCAUCCCAAUCCGGACGACAUCCAGUACUACACCAUAUCUCACAAGCCCAAGUCAGCUGCUCAAUCGCCGGGUGUCAUCAGCGGCGUGGUGACCAUGUACUACACAAUCAGACCCCUCAGUCCUUACACUCAAUACGAGUUCACCGUGUCCGCCGUCAACGGGUUCGGUCACGGACCCCCUUCGCAGCCCAUAGUGGCCACCACCGGCGAGACAGUGGAUACCUCUGAUUUUGGUGAAGGUGCAAAACCCGGAUCGGCUCCGAGAAACAUUCAAAUGCGUCUGCUGAGUUCCAGCACAAUGGUAAUACAAUGGGAAGAGCCCGAAACACCGAACGGUCAAGUGAUCCGCUACAAGGUGUACUACACGAUGAACCCCGAUCAACAAUUAUCGUCUUGGAACACAAUGGUGGUGGAUAACAAUCAGUUGACCACUCUGAGCGAAUUGACCCCUCAUUCCAUUUACACCAUACGGGUGCAGGCUUUCACCAACGUCGGCGCCGGACCCUUGUCUCCGCCCGUACAAGUGAAAACCCAACAAGGAGUGCCCAACCAACCGAAGGACUUGAGAAUCAGCGAAAUCGGCGAAACGUCAAUUGUGCUCCAAUGGGCCAAACCCAACGCAGAACAAAUUUUGAGCUACGAACUGUACUGGAACGACACUUACGCUAUGGAAAAGCAUCACCGACGGAUUCCUGUGACAGAAACCUACACAUUGACUGGUCUGUACCCGAACACACUGUACUACGUGUGGUUGGCUGCCAAGUCUCAACGGGGUGAUGGAGCACCCACUCCACCGAUCCAAGUCCGGACCAAACAAUAUGUGCCUGGAGCUCCUCCCCAGAAUGUUACCGCCGAAGCCAUCAGCCCCACGUCUAUCACUGUCCAGUGGCAACCGCCUCCAUCAGAUCGUAGCAACGGUCACAUAGUUUACUACAAGAUCAUGGCCAUUGAAGCCGGUAUGUCUGACUCUGACGCCACCCAGUAUCGCGUGGAAAACUCCACUACGUACACUUUAGACGAUCUCAAGCGUUGGACCGAGUACAGGAUUUGGGUAUUAGCCGGCACUUCAGUCGGUGAUGGUCCAUCUUCGUACCCAAUUACGGUUCGCACCCAUGAAGACGUGCCGGGACCUCCUACCGACGUCAAAGUCCAACCAGUGAACUCCACAACGAUUCACGUACAAUGGCGACCGCCGUCCGAAGAUCAACGUCAUGGAAUUAUCAGAGGCUAUCAUAUCCACAUCCAAGAAGCUAAACUAGAGGGCAACGCACUUCUUAACGAACCUUUGCGUUUCGAUGUGGCGGAAGCGCUGGAAAGCAAUGUUACCAACUUACAACCGGACACGUUAUACGCCGUACAAAUAGCGGCCAUCACCAGAAAAGGUGACGGCGACCGAAGUCAUCCGGUGAAAAUCAAGACUCCCGGCGGUGUACCCGUCAGACCUAUUGUCAAUCUCAAGAUUUUGGAACGCGAACCCAAAGUAAACAUUGAGUUGGAAUGGACUAGGCCGACAAACACUUAUGGUGAACUGUUGGGUUAUAAGUUGCGGUAUGGUAUCAGAGGUCAAGAGAUGUUUGACAUCAUGUUGACCGAAAACAAGAGGCGCAUCAACGAUUUAGAACGCGGUGUCGAAUAUGAAUUUCACAUAUCCGGACAGAACCAAGUGGGUUUUGGUCAGGAAGCCACUGAAUACUUCACCACGCCUGAAGGACCUCCUACAGGUCCUCCUACCAACGUCACUUAUCAGUUUCAAACACCUGACGUAGUGUGUGUGGUUUGGGAUCAGCCUUCGAGAGAACACCGUAAUGGUCAAAUUCUUCGAUAUGACGUUCAGUUUCACAAGAAAAUUGACCAGUCAACCAUCACCCAUAGAAACACCACGUUGAAUAAAGCUGUAUUUUCUGGAUUGGAAGAAGCAACCGAGUAUGUUGUGACCGUAAGAGCAGUGACCGCUGAAGGAGAUGGCCCAUGGAGUCCACGUAUGACGGUCAACACCACCAGAGAAAUGGUACGCGCCCCGAUGGGUGUAAAGGCAGUGGCUACGUCCGACCAGAGCAUUCAAGUCUGGUGGGAGGCCGUGCCGGCUCGUGUUAAGCUUAAUGGAUAUCGCAUUUAUUACACAAUGACUGCGGUCGAAGACCUGAACCAGUGGAACAUCAAAGACGUCCCAUUCACCGAAUCCACAGACCUGGCAAACCUUGAAAAAAUGGCACAAUACGCCAUUGCCGUAGCAGCACGUACUGAAAACGGAUUUGGAAGACUAUCUGAAAAAUUUACAGUUAUAGUGAAACCAGAUGAGGUGCCGUUGAACCUCAGAGCUUCCGACGUGAGCACUCACAGCAUGACCCUAUCGUGGACACCUCCUAUUAAGUUAAAUCCAAUUGGUUACAAGAUCUCUUUCAACGCUAUUAAAGAGUUUAGGGACUCGCAAGGGAUUACUCAGAUGCAAACUGUGCCGGUUCGUGUGAUCGAGUUGGAAAAAUAUAUACUGAGCCACACCAUCGACGAAUUGUCACCGUUCAUCAGUUAUGCCGUCAACGUAAGCGCAGUGCCAUCAGAUCACAGCUAUAGACCUCCGUCCAGAAUAACUGUCACCACGCAAAUGGCAGCUCCCCAACCUAUGGUGAAACCCGAUUUUUAUGGUGUAGUCAACGGCCAAACGAUAGAGGUCAUAUUACCUCAAGCUUCUGAAGAAUACGGACCAAUAUGCCAUUAUUACAUUAUAGUAGUACCUGAAAAUCCAGAAACGUUGCAUAUGAAUCCAGACGAGUUCUUGAUACAAAAGUUAAUUGAAACAUCUCAACAAGAGUUAUUACCUGAGGGUGAACCCUACAUUGCAGCCAAGUUCCCGCACCGCACCAUACCGUGGACUUUCAAUAUGGGAACAGGCAAAACUUACGAUGGGUUUGUUGACCGCAAAUUAGAACACAAUGUUAAAUACAGAUUAUUUGUACGCGCUUUCGUCGACACCCCACAAAAGCAUUUGUACACUUCUAGUCCAUUCUCCGACCCGUUGACAUUGGAAAUGCGGGAAGUCAGCCCAGACGACUUGCCGAAAAGACCAGAAUUCCGAGACAUGAACAUGCCUGGAAACGGAAUCCCUCCCAUAGCCAGUAACGACCAUGUCAGUGUCCGGAGUAGUGCUACUCCACCAGGCCUGUUGUGGUUGGUCGGACCCGUCAUAGCUGCCAUCCUUCUCACUGCCGCUUUGGUGUUGCUGUUUGUUGUGAAAAAACGCCGCCGCCCCAACAAAUAUGGUGAAACAUCUGGUGUCACUAAACCCCUUAUAGGGCACUCGCACGCCAACAACGACCCCGUGGAAUUACGGCGCUUACAGUUCCAGACUCCUGCCAUGGUGUCCCAUCCACCGGUUCCCAUCAACUACCUAGGCCAGCACAUCGAGCUGUUAAAGGCCAAUGACAACUACAAGUUCUCACAGGAGUACGAAUCGAUCGAACCCGGCCAACAGUUCACAUGGGACCAUUCCAACAUGGAUGUGAACAAGCCCAAGAACCGAUACGCCAACGUCAUAGCUUACGACCAUUCGCGUGUCGUGUUGCAGCCAUUAGACGGUGUGCUGGGCAGUGAUUAUAUAAACGCUAAUUACUGUGACGGCUACCGUAAGCAUAAUGCGUACAUAGCCACGCAAGGGCCUCUCCAAGAGACAUUCAGCGACUUUUGGCGCAUGUGCUGGGAAGUACGCACUUCCACCAUCGUGAUGAUGACCAAGUUGGAAGAGCGGACCCGAGUGAAGUGCGACCAGUAUUGGCCGGCCAGGGGAUCUCAGACUUACGGCCCAAUAACUGUGACGCUGCACAACGUACAAGAGCUGGCCACGUACGUCAUACGGUCAUUCCAUCUGACCAGGGCCACAGACAACGAGACCAGGGAAGUCAAGCAACUGCAGUUCGGCGCCUGGCCAGACCACGGUGUGCCUGAUCAUCCGGCGCCCCUGUUACAGUUCAUGAAACGCGUGCGUGCCGUCAACCUGAUGGACUCUGGACCCAUAGUGGUGCACUGCAGCGCUGGUGUCGGCCGGACUGGUUGCUUUAUCGUUAUUGAUGCAAUGCUGGAACGUGCCAAACACGAACACACCGUUGACAUAUAUGCCCACGUCACAUGUUUAAGAGCCCAACGAAACUACAUGGUUCAAACCGAAGAGCAAUACAUUUUCAUACACGACGCUCUCUUGGAAGCAGUAACUUGUGGCGAGACCGAAGUGGCCGUACGUAAUUUGCCCAUCCACGUCCAACAGCUUUCGCAAAUGGAUGUGACCACUACAGUUACGGGAAUGGAACUUGAGUUUAAGAAACUGGCAUUGGUUAAAAAUGAAUUCUGUCGAUUUGUAAGCGCCAGCUUACCAGUGAAUAAGCCUAAAAACCGGCUGGUCCAUCUGUUGCCUUACGAAAGCACAAGGGUCUGCCUGAGCGGGGGUUCUUCCAGAGGAUUGGAAGGGUCGGACUACAUCAAUGCCAAUUUUAUAGACGGCUACCGACAACGAGGAUCAUACAUUGCCACUCAAGGACCGCUACAAAUCACAACUGAUGAUUUUUGGCGUAUGCUCUGGGAACACAAUUCCACUAUUGUGGUGAUGUUAACUAAACUGCACGAAAUGGGAAGGGAAAAAUGCUAUCAGUAUUGGCCGUCUGAAAGAUCAGUCCGCUACGAUACCUUUGUCGUUGAACCCAUUACUGAAUAUAACAUGCCGCAAUACAUACUUAGAGAGUUCAAAGUGACGGAUACUACAGACAAUGGAUCCAGGACAGUCAGACAGUUCCAGUUCACCGAUUGGCCUGAACAAGGAGUGCCCAAGUCGGCCGAAGGGUUCAUAGACUUUAUCGGACAAGUUCAUAAGACCAAAGAACAAUUUGGCCAAGAAGGACCCAUCACUGUCCAUUGCAGCGGUGGAGUCGGUCGUACGGGUGUAUUCAUAUCUCUCAGUAUUGUGUUGGAACGCAUGCAGUGCGAAGGUGUCAUUGAUCUCUUCCAAACAAUCCGAAUUCUGCGUACACAGCGCCCGGCUAUGGUACAGACAGAGGAACAAUACCAGUUUUGUUAUCAAGCUGCUCUUGAAUACUUGGGCUCGUUCGACCAGUAUUCCGACUGAGACAGGCCUAACGUGUUCACGUCAUACACUGAGCACGCGGUUUAAAAAAAACUACUAUUACUCUGUUACAUUGCACGCACACCCAUGGGUUACCGCCAGAGCGGUGUACCCUGUAGGUUAGUUGCUGCUGGCUGCUAGAUAAUUGCUAACAAGUCGCAGUCAGUCGUCUCUCGAUUGGUCUAGUCGUCGCGUACCAGUUCAACUCCUCACGCGCAUAAUUACCAUAUAUAAAUAGAAAAUCUUAAUAGUGACUUGGUACUUAAUUUUUUUGUUUUUAUUUGAUUUUUAUGUAAGCUUUUAAAAUUGUACUAUUUUUUAAAGAGCCUAAAAUUUGAACAAAGUUUUUUUUUUUUUAAAUAACUCCACUAUUAUUUUGUUCGUAAAUUGAUUAUUUCAUACAACGUAAUAAUAUUAUCCGAACAACAAACAUAUAAUAUUAUGUUAUUGUAAUAUUAUGUAGUACUUAAUGACUGUUAGGUAUUGUGUAUAGAAAAAAAAAAAUAUUAUUUAUAAUUUGUAAACGUAGACAAUUUUUUAAAUCGUUAGUUGACAAACUAUUGUUAUGUCAUUAUAAAAAAAAAAAAAAAAUAAGAAAUCCAUCGACUGAUGUACUUAAGGAUAAAGCCUUUUUGUGUUCCAUGACUAUUAUUUGAUUUAUUAAUAAUUAUUUCAUUGGAUUCGUUUUUUUUUUAACUUUUUUAUGUUUAAAAAAAUGUCUUUAAUUUUAAGACUGUAUUCGUUAAUUUAUUUUGAUCUUAACAAGAUGGAACGGGGGAUGGGCUUUUGAUUUUCUUCGUCCGACUUUUGUUUUAUUGUAUUUCGUACCCAAUAUUUUUUUUUUUUAACUAAGAGUUACCUCUGGAGGAGAGAAUAUCAUCACACCAAUACACAUCACUUGUUAGAUUUUUGUAUUUAUUUUAUAAUCAAUUUUUUUAAUAAACGACAAUAUACAAACUUACCGUCCUCGAGGUUAAGUCUAAGCCGCGUCACUUGGUUAAUUUGCCAUUCGUUAAUUAUUUUCUAUGAAAUUUCAAAACCGCUCACGCUUAACAUGAAACAGAAAACAAUCACUUUCGCGUUCGCCAGCUUUCUCUACACUUGUAUAUGGUUAACUAAUAGGACCACAAUAUAUAAUCGAAUGGUUUAUCGAAUCGUCGUUUCCGCAUAUCAUUUAUAAAACUAUUGUUAUCCCUUGAGCAAAAUGUUUUUCUAUUGUAAAUAGUCUUUUAAUAAUAUUAGUACACAGUGUAAUUAUUAUUAUUAAAUUAAUAAGAAUGUAAAAAUAAUGUAAUACAACAACGAAGUGAUUAAAUUGUUGAGUUAGUAGUUUUUAUUAUUGUAUAAAAAAUAAUAAUAAUGAUAAAUGUAUUGAUAAAUUGUAAUUUGUGUUGUCACCAGCCAAGAAGAUCUUU